GUAUUUUCAGAUAUUUGGUCAAUGCGUUUGUAUUUUGCCUUGGUAUGCUGGUACCCUACACCAUAUAUUAUUCAAAGCGAGACUCGGAAGCUCAAACGUUCUUUCAUGGAAAUACUAUCGAUCCUGCACGUGUCAUAUUCGUUGGAGGACAUGAGAGUUCCGGUACAGGCUUGGUCCGCGUUAUGCUGGAUGCUCAUCCACUAAUUCGGUGUGGGGCAGAACCAAUGGUUACUUUGGAAUUAUUACACCUGCGACAUAGUAUGCAAGGUUUACGACGGAAGCGGGCAAUCAAGGCUGGAGUUUACCCAGAGGCCUACGAUCAGGCAGUCGCAUCGUUCAUUCUCAAAAUUAUUGAGAAAAUGGGGCCGUCUGCACCGUAUUUGUGCCACAAGCAACCAAUGACCUUCAACUAUCUAGGAUACCUUGGAUAUUUGUUUCCCUCUGCAAAGUUUGUCCACAUUGUGCGUGAUGGACGGGCUGUGGUAGCUUCGUCAGUUGAGCGUGGCUUCAAUCCGCAAUUCAAAAGGGAUCGACCACUUGAAGGAUUACGCAUUUGGGAAGAGACUGUAACAUCCAUAAUCCGUGACUGCCAGGAUCUCGGCCCACAAAAAUGCUUCACCAUGAGAUACGAAAAUCUCGUUAUGAAUCCGAAGGAAGAGACGACAAAGCUAUUUGGUGAGU